AUGCUAAGUUUAAUUGCACCUCCAGAAAACUUAAGUCCAGAAUAUUUCAGUUCACUAUUAAACCAGUAUGGACCCGUGCAAUAAGUGAAGAUUUUAAAUAAAUCGUUAAUGGACUUUAAGGUGUUUGUAGAAAUGGGUAAUUCAGAGGCAGCAAAAUUAGCUAAAUAAUUUCUUGAUUAACUUUCUUCAAACUUUAUUAAAUGUUCAUAUUAUCAUGAGGAGAAGCAAUUUGAAUCAGGAUCUUAGAAUAAUUGCUCUUUUGAGAUUAUUGGUGAUUCAACUGUUAGCUCGUAGAAAUGCUAACAUCAAACUUCGUUAAAUGAAAGUACAUUUUACUUGAUCUAUUAAGUUUUAUAUGAAGAUGACUAUAGGCCUUCAAGCGUCAAGACCUUACCCUUAAAUCAUAAGACAGUCAAAUCUUCAUAACUAAUUUAGCCAACCUAGACUUUGUGUGUAAGUGGAAUUAAGGGGAAAGAAAUAGAUGCCAAAAAAUUGUAUAAUAUUUUUAGUAACUUCGGAAAUAUUGAUAAAAUCUUACUUAUUAAAAUUAAAAAUUUCGCAUUUGUUAAGUAUCUCAAAAAUGAUAAUGCAAUAUUCGUUUUCUAGAAUUGUUAAUAAUUAGAAUUCUUUGAUAGCACCAUUUCAAUUUCUUAUGCUUCAGACGACUCAAUAGAUAAGCUGAUUGGUCUUGACACUCUCUAUCAAGAAUAGGACUAUUAUAUUGGUUCUGAGGAUACAGACAGAUUCAAUUGUAACAAUAAAAUGAUUCUUUUGCCACCGAGUUAGGUAUUGCACAUCUCAAAUCUUAAAAAGGUUUCUUCCAAUGCUGAAACUAUGUGGGAUGUAUUUUCUGAAUUUGGUGUUGUUCAAGCUGUAAAGGUAUUAAAUACACAAUUCAAGUUUAUGUGUUUAAUAAAAAUGGAAACUCUUAGGUAAGCCUUAGAAGUUAUGGCUCUAAUGCAUAAUGAAGAGAUUGACAAUAGAAAUGUGCAAAUCUCAUUCACAAAAGCCAAAAUUUGA